AUAAUAGUGUCUUCAACCCCCCAUGUAUCACUUACCACCAUUGUUGGGUGAGUGAUAUAUUAAUUAGUAUUAUAUAAAAUACUUAGCCCACAAUCAAUACUUAAAUGAAAUGCUAAUUGCUCUCUUUUCUAUGUGCAUGUGUAAACCUCUUUAUCCCCUUUAUUAUUUCCUCUAGUUUUUGUGACUCUGUUUUGUGGCUCCAGACAGACAACCUGUCUUCAUGGGGUUCGGUCACUCGUCCUUGCUUGUGGUAGGCUGGUCCACCAUUGGCCAUGUCCUACCUCCUGUGUGCACGCUGCUCUGGUCCUUGAGCCACUGCCACAGGAUUAUCCAGGAGCUGAUUGUGUAGAACCCCAAGGCCUGUUGGGGGACUUGCUGAAGAUCUUCAUUUUUUAGAUGCACUAGGUGUGGGCCGUGCCCACCCCAACCUACAGUGACCAUGGAUCCUGGAGCCGGCUCUGAGUCAUCUCUGACUGUCAAUGAGCAGGUCAUUGUGAUGUCGGGCCAUGAGACCAUCCGCGUGCUGGAGGUUGGAGUGGAUGCCCAGCUGCCAGCUGAGGAAGAGGGGAAAGGACUGGAGGGUGUGGCUACCGUGGGCUCCCAGAACCAAGGCUCUGCUGAAACCAGGAAAACCGCUGGUGAAGCUGGGUCAAACAACCCAGACCCCUCUGCCGAUGCAGCCGUGAAGUCACUCCCGGGAAUCCCUCCAAGUCCUGCCAUUGCCACCUUCAGCCAAGCCCCAACCCAGCCUCAGGCACCACAGACCCUGACACCACUGGCUCUACAAGCUGCCCCCCAGGUCUUGACUCAGGAAAACUUAGCCACAGUUCUGACAGGAGUUAUGGUUCCAGCAGGGGCAGUUACUCAACCUCUUCUUAUCCCCAUCAGUAUUGCAGGUCAAGUGGCUGGGCAGCAGGGGCUGGCCGUGUGGACAAUUCCUACAGCAACUGUGGCUGCCCUCCCAGGACUGACCGCUGCUUCUCCUACGGGGGGAAUUUUCAAGCCACCUUUAGCCAGUCUCCAAGCAACUGCUGUGCUGAACACCGCCCUUCCUGCACCUGUACAAGCUGCCCCACCAAUCCAGGCUGCUUCACCAGCCCAACCCCGGCCACCAGCUCAGCCCCAGACGUUGUUCCAGACCCAGCCGUUGCUACAGACCACGCCUGCCAUCAUACCACAGCCCACUGCUGCCACCGCUGCUGCCCCCACCCCCAAGCCAGUGGACGCCACCCCACAGAUCACUGUUCAGCCUGCAGGCUUCGCAUUUAGCCCAGGAAUCAUCAGUGCUGCUUCCCUUGGGGGACAGACCCAGAUCCUGGGCUCCCUCACUACAACUCCGGUCAUUACCAACGCCAUUCCCGGCAUGCCAGGGAUCAGCAGUCAGAUCCUCACCAAUGCUCAGGGACAGGUUAUCGGAACACUUCCUUGGGUGGUGAAUUCAGCUAGUGUGGCUGCCUCAGCACCAGCCCAAAGCCUUCAGGUCCAGGCUGUGACCCCUCAACUGUUGUUAAAUGCCCAGGGCCAGGUGAUUGCGACCCUGGCUAGCAGCCCCCUGCCUCCACCUGUGACUGUCCGGAAGCCAAGCACUCCAGAGUCCCCUGUGAAGAGUGAGGUGCAGCCCAUCCAGCCCACACCAGCUGCACCCCAGCCUGCUGUGGUCAUUGCUAGUCCCACUCCGGUGGCCAAACCAUCGGCCUCUGCUCCUAUCCCCAUCACCUGCUCAGAGACCCCUACAGUCAGCCAGUUGGUAUCCAAGCCACAUACUCCGAGUCUGGAUGAGGACGGGAUCAACUUAGAAGAGAUUCGGGAGUUUGCCAAGAACUUUAAGAUUCGGCGGCUCUCUCUGGGCCUUACACAGACUCAAGUAGGCCAGGCUCUGACUGCAACAGAAGGUCCAGCCUACAGCCAGUCCGCCAUCUGUCGGUUUGAGAAGCUGGACAUUACACCCAAGAGUGCUCAGAAGCUGAAACCAGUGCUGGAGAAGUGGCUGAACGAGGCUGAACUUCGGAACCAGGAAGGCCAGCAGAAUCUGAUGGAAUUUGUGGGAGGUGAGCCCUCUAAGAAACGCAAACGCCGCACCUCCUUUACUCCACAGGCCAUCGAGGCUCUCAAUGCCUAUUUUGAGAAGAACCCACUGCCCACUGGCCAGGAGAUCACGGAGAUUGCGAAGGAGCUCAACUAUGACCGUGAGGUGGUGCGGGUCUGGUUCUGUAACCGGCGCCAGACACUCAAAAACACCAGCAAGCUGAACGUCUUUCAGAUUCCCUAGGGCUCAGUCCCCAGCCCUGUGUUCCAGCACUUUGUACUCUUCCCUUGGCACCCAGCUGUCAUCACUGCCCUGACAGUACUAUGUGCAGCUGUUCUGGCCCUAGGUCAUGAGCCUCACCAUGUGCAUGUGUGUCAAUGCCGCCCUCUUCUCCCCUGACAUCUUUCACACCCUGGGAGGCAGAGGGACAGGGCCACAUGAGAGCCCCAGGCUCUGGGCUCUAGGCACUCCCAAGGAGGGCAUGUGUAGUGUCUCAUGGAGAAGCACUUUGCAGACAUGGUUUCUGAAGGGUAAAUUCUGGUUGAGAACCAGAAAUACCCCAUGUUUGAGUAGGGCUGUGGCACCUCCUGGGGUCCAGUGGCAUUAGCUCUUGUUUUUGAUGACAUUCCCUUUCUACAUACCCACCCCCUUUGCUGCUCCUUUGUGCUACUGUGGCAGCUAUGACAACUCAUCCAGCCUUACACUGCCCUCUUCUACUUUGCAUACAGACAUACUAAACCCCUGGAAGGACCCCAGACAUGAAUUUAGGAAAGUGUAGAAGGUCAGACUCAACACUAUGUUGUUUGUUUGUUUUAUUUGCCAGUCCUGGGGCUUGAACUCAGGGCCUGAGAACUGUCCCUGGCUUCUUUUUGCUCCAGGCUAGCACUCUAAC